GCGCGCAUGCGCAGUGGUGUGAGUUUUGUUUGAAGUGAAUUGCUGCCUGGAACUGCCCUGGAAGCUGCAAAGUCGCCCAGCUUUUGGUUUUUAACAGCAUAUGUUUGUGGUUUCCUCAGGUGUUGUUCGCGUUUCAUGCAUCGCAGAGACGAUGUUAGGCCACCAUUACCAGAACGCGGACAAGUCGCAGCAACUAGUCAACUAUGUGGAGGAUUACCUGGAAUGUGUGGAGUCCCUGCCUCUGGACAUACAAAGAAACGUUUCUCUGCUUCGAGAAAUUGAUGCAAAGUAUCAAGAGGUGCUGAACGAGGUGGACGAAGUGUUUGAGAAAUACAAAGGCGAACAGGACGCCGCUCAGAGGAAGCGGCUGCAGGUCCAGCUGCAGAGGGCGCUGAUCCUCAGCCAGGAGCUGGGCGACGAGAAAAUCCACGUAGUGACUCAGAUGACGGAGCUGGUGGAAAACCGCUCCCGCCAGAUGGACUCUCAUUCGCUCUGCCUCCAGGAGCCCAGCGAAGCCGAGCGGAUCAACCCCGAGCGCCGAUCCAGCAUCCAGGAGUCCCCGACCCCCGAGCGCACCUCCAACCGCCGCCCGAGACGCCCGCGCAACAGCGAGAGCCGCGACUCCGCCCAGCUGUCCGCCAACGGCUCGCUGGUGGACGACCCCGCGGACGAACUGCCCCUGCCCCCGCCGCGGGAAAAGAAAUCCAAGUCGUCCAAGAAGAAGAAACGUAAAUCCAAGCAGGAGCGGGACGCCUCGCCGGUGGACUUCACCAUCGACCCCAACGAGCCCACCUACUGCCUCUGCGAGCAGGUGUCCUACGGCGAGAUGAUCGGCUGCGACAACGAGCAGUGCCACAUCGAGUGGUUCCACUUCUCCUGCGUGGGACUCACCUACAAACCCAAGGGGAAGUGGUACUGCCCCAAAUGUAGGGGGGACAACGAAAAAACUAUGGACAAAAACCUGGACAAGAACAGAAAGGACCGCAGGUCCAGGUAGUGACUCCUGGAGGAGGUCCGGGCGCCGCUUUAGGAGCACAAAUCUACGGCGAGCAGCAGGAAUGGAGGAACUGGUUCUGCUGGAGCAAAGCUGCCCUCUUCCACACAAACACUCUUUGAUUCUUCUUAAAAUUUGCUUUUGUUUUCCUUUGAAGUUUGAAGACGAUGGAAGCUUCCUGAUCUUAACGUGGGUCGGGUUUUCUUUAUGUUGAAAGUUUUCUCUUAUUUGAAUCUUCAUACGCCUGGAAAGUAAAGGGUUAAUAAGAGACUCGUAAUUUAAUUUAGGUGAAGCGUGGUUGAUGGGGGAUUGAUAUAAAAAUAUGUUUGUGGGGUUUUUUGUGGUUUUCUAUCACCAUCAUGUAUAUUUCAUUUUAUACCCAUUAAAACAACCAGUGACCACUAA